UUUAUACACACCCUCCCUUAUUAAUAAUAUCUUCAUUGAUGGCACGAUGACACAGUUUUCAACAUUCUCCUUGAAGAGGCAUCAUAAACUCCGUGAGCAUGACACAUACCUCGCUGUCCAUCGUUUUGAUAUAUAGGACCCAUAGAUACAGACUCAAUUCUUUCGCAUUUAUUUGCGUAUUCUCGCCUUUUUUUUCGGCCUCCUUCGCGAUUUACAUGAUACAGUCCAUGGGAGGCAAUAAGGGUCCAGAGCAGCAACGAGGACUCUGUAAGGACGCAUAAAUGACCAAUAUGUAUGAUGCUUGCUACGUCUCGCUCCGCUGCGCAACAAAUAAGCCGAGAUACCUUAUCAGCACUGCUGACUCAACCUAUUGAACAAUCUUACCUGGUGAGGACUCGCCAUUGAUUAAUAGCAGUUGACAGUGUGAAAUAAAUAGUAGGAUAAAGAGCUGCUUGAUAAGAAACAGGGUCGCUGCUUUCGGCAAUCGCACACCGUCCAACGCUGAAAUUGCGAUGACCAUAUAGGCAACUAGCACUUCGGAAGUUAACCCCAGUCAGGAGCGUGUUGAGCACCUAAAUGAGGAAGCUGACACUUGGGUAAAUGCGCAGGUUGUUAGCCAUGUCGUUUUCAACACUUUCCAUCAAAUGCCACUGCUAUAGUACUGCUUGAG